UCCAGUACCGUUGGCCUUCUCCUCUGUUGCUCGCCCCAACCUCAGCGCGCGGUACCAUUCAGCACCACCCGUCAAAAGUCACCGGACGAAGCUCCUACCUGCAAUCCAUGGACGGUGGCAGAAGUGCCAGCCGGCGGGUCAAGGACCACCUCGCGCAGCUGCUCCGCACGGCCAACUCUCUCCUUCGCCCCCCGUGCAGCUCCUCCACCUCCACGGCUUUCACAGCCACUACCACUGCCACCACCACGAUAUCGACCUCCUCGUCCACUGCCACCACCGCCGCCAAAUACACCACCGGCGGCGCUCUCGACCGCCUCCGUCACUCUCCUCCGGAGCGCAUGCGCAGCAAAAAGGCGCAGCACAAGGAGGCGAGCUCCUGUCGGCGCAGCAGCCGCCGGCAUUUGAAGAAUGUCGACGACAAGGGCGGCAUGAGGGCGCUCUGGUCCAACCCCUACGGCUUCACCACCUCCGACGAGGAGGAGGAGGAGGAGGACACCGAUGGCUGCGGCGAUGAUGACACGGAGACCUUCUUCUCCUCAAGAAACCUCAUGUCCUCCAACUCCUCCGGCUUCUACACGUCCCACAAACAGCCGCCCAAGAACAAGAGCCACCACCAUCGCCAGCAAAGGAGGCGGCAGCGAGGGCGGCCAGCGGCGAGCUGCAUGAAGAAGUGCGGCCCCAGCACCGUGCGGGAGCCGGGCUUCCGCCCGCUGGUGGUGACGACGACGGCGGCUGUGGAGGAGGAGGUGCGGAAGGGCCUGGCUGUGGUGAAGCGGUCGCGGGACCCGUACGGCGACUUCCGGGAGUCGAUGGUGGAGAUGAUCUUGAGGCGGCAGGUGUUCGGCGCGGCGGAGCUAGAGCGGCUACUGCGGUCCUACCUGUCGCUCAACGCGCCGCGCCUCCACCCCGUCAUCCUCCAGGCGUUCUCCGACAUUUGGGUCGUCCUCCAUGGCGGCUAGCCUCGCCGCCGGCGUUGGUGGAUCUGGUGCAUGCAAGUGAACGUAAUUGCGUAGUACUCCGUACUACUAUUAGUAGGUUGAGAUUAGUUAGUUGGGUUGUUAAGUGUAGUAUUAGCUGUGCAUGCAUGUUGAUGCCCCUGCGAUACAUGGUAGGUAG